AGUAACGCGUAUUCUCGAGGGGCCCAUGAGUCCCCCUAUUCAACGCGAUAAUACCUUAUUAUAACGUCCGGAUAUCCUAUGCCAUCGUUUAGUUUGCACCGUCGUCUCGGCAAAAGUGCAACGAUUACUGGAGCAGGACAUGUUUAUGUAAGAACGGAACGAUAUUAAAAAAACAUUUACGCCCUUCCCUACUUUCUCUUGGACGUACGGGGUUAUUGUAUCGCGAUACAGUGUGCGUGCAAAAUCAGUAUCACGCAUCGGCAUUAAAUGUAGAAAACAGAUUUUGAGUGUGAAAUAGACCUUUGAGUCACCAACAAUCGGAUGAGAAACGUCAGACGCACACCGCACAUCGUCGAGUUCACAUCAAACAGAUAACCACAAAAAUACCGAGGAAAAAUGCAUUGAGCUGGCUUUUACUAAGUUUUUCAAUAAAUUUAAACAGUAAUUUAUCAAUUUUCAUCAAACUAAAAUUAAAAAUGCAAAACUCGACAUACGCUUGUUUGGCAAGACCUAAUCAACAAAGCUUAGAUCACGAAACAACAAUGGAACGUCAAAACGGCAAUCUGAUGUUUUCAAAACUCCAAUUACCAAAAUUGGAAAACGACCUUCAGAACUACAGUUUGAGGUUGGAUAAUAGAUCACAUCCCGAUCAAAACAAAGAAGCUUCUAAUGAUCAAUCUAUAAGAAGAUAUCGAACUGCUUUUACUAGAGAACAAUUACUCAGAUUAGAAAAGGAAUUUUACAAAGAAAAUUAUGUGUCCAGACCCAGAAGAUGUGAACUAGCCACUGAAUUAAAUUUACCUGAAUCUACUAUAAAAGUUUGGUUUCAAAAUCGAAGAAUGAAAGACAAACGGCAAAGAAUAGCUAUGGCAUGGCCAUAUGCGGUUUAUACUGAUCCAACAUUCGCUGCAACUGUGUUGCAAGCAGCUGCAGCUAGUGCUCAUGUAAAUGGAACACUACCUGAUAUAGCGGCCAUUGCAAACGCAUACCAAUACACUGCAGCGGCAGCAGUUGCAGCACCUGCAUACUUUCAUGACUAUGCUAAAUUUCAAGCUCAUAGUUUCAACCCUUCAGCAUCACCGUCUUCAUCGACACCCCAUUCGUUAACGCCAUCACCAUUGCACAUAAUGAAAAAACCAUUCGUUCAUCAUCAUAUACAAAGCCAUCCUCAUCACCACAACCGGCACACGGAAUCCACCGAAUUAGUUAAUAACACCAAUCGAUCACAAAAUGACUUACAUCAAUCCUCUACUUUUAAAUCAGCCUCUUCGACUGUCACCUGCUCUAGUCAAUCUGAUGGAUUAAAUCACAUUCAAUCAGUAGAUGCCGAAUAUCUCGGUAACACCAGUUGUAAAUGUGGCAUUGUUAAUUGUGUUUUGACCGAUGUAGUCAAUCGUUCCACUCCAUCCACAUCGCCUGAACGUCUCCUACCCCCUCCGCCAACUAUAUCACUAUUUGCGACACAAGUUAAGAGAAUGGAAGACCAAUCUGAGUGUUCUGUUGUACAAGAACAAGUUUAUCAUAAGGAGUACUCGAAAAAUAAGCUGUUCCAACCUUACAAGUCAGAUGUUUCUACUAAGCUUAAUUAACCAUUUAUUGACUUUAUUCGAAAUUCAAAAAUAUUAUAACAACUGUUUAUAAUUAUUUAAAUUAAACAGACAGGGUUAUUUUGCUUUAGUCGAUGUAAAUGUAUAUAUAUUUAUGUAAAUACAUACAAACCUUUAUAAUACUGUACAUUUAUAAUAAUUCAUAAACAAGUAACA